CAAAUUUCUAGCUGGUGCUAAUAUCUAACGCGAGCGUCAUAUCGUCUGAGCUCACUCCCUCAACUCAACGCAUCCACCACACAAACGGGAAACAACACCCAUCCAGUGUCUGAAAUUUCUGAGUCCCCUACAGUAUUCUCAGAACCAAUAGAUUAUAGAAGAGAACAGCACCUACUAGUUUCUGUAGCUAACACAACCAGUGUAACCUCUGAGCCCAUAUUAAGUCUGGCCAGCCCACAGUGACAGAACCUUUGUAUCUGUCGUGAAGUAUAUAUCCUUAGUUGUCGUAUACAAGCCACCACCCCUGGCAUCGUCUGACCCAGGAACCAAGCCUAUCCAGCACCACCAAGUAUCACAGACGGUAGUCGAGUAUAGAAUCGCCACUAUCGUUAUACCGUUGUAUCUUCACGAAACAGCGGUCGAAUAGCCUGAACAAGCGUCUUUGCCAGAACACAGGAUCGUCCUGUGACAGCCUAGGUAAAAGUAUCAGAAGACUAGAACCAAGUACUACUGCUACUCGGAACCAGUAGCAACAGUGUACCAUAAGUGUAUUAUACAAUAAGUGUACCAUACUCGCCACCAUACACAUAAUAUCUGGCUCGCCAUCUCGCUACAACAGAACUAUACAUCAGUCGCCAUAGCUAUACCUCACACAACACGGCAUCCCACCUAUCGUAUCUAGUUAUCACACUAUAGCUGCCCUACUAUCUGUCUGUAUACCACUGCCCCUUAAUAUUCGCAUUAGUAUUCGCACUAUAUUUCACAGAUAUUUCACAGAUAAAUACGAUUAUCAAUCAAUUUUUCACCUGAAUCAUCCGUUACUUCACCACCUUUUCACCGGACUUCCACGCGAUUUUGACCCACAACAUCCGCUUGUGUCACAGCCAUCAUGUUUAACACCAAAAUCUUUGACGGAAACACGCCGUCGGGCUCAGCUGCAAUCAACAUCCCUGCCACGGGCCUGGACCCCUCCUCCGGCUUGGCCAUAGGAACGAAUACGUCAGGAAACUCCAGCAUCCCUCAGCCUAUCGACAUCACCUACCAGCGGCAGUCCAUCUUCAACAACCUGCGCUUCCGCCGUGAGUCCAUAGCCCACUCGCAGGGUAUGGGUGGGGUCUCCUGGGGUUCCGUUACCAUCGGCUCUUGGCUCAAAGACGAAGUCAUGAUGAAUAGUAACUAUAACUCCUACAGUAACAUCAACGCUUCAAGCUCUUCUGGCCAUACUAACAACAAUAACAGCAAUAACAGCAAUAUCAAUCUUCAUCCCAACGGAAACCUCAUCAAUCCGAGAAGAGGCUCGUUUCGGCACCAGAAUCAAAACCAAAACCACUCCAACUCAAACUCUACUUACAACCAAAACAGCAUUAUGAUGUCGAUGUCGCCUCCGCUCCAGACAUCGUACUUGCCCGAUUUGGAGGCCGACUACUGUAAGGAUUAUAGCUGCUGUGGGGAGUUGUUGCCGACGUUACACGAUCUCUUGCGACAUUAUGAAGAAGCCCAUAUCAGCCCCUCUCCUCCAGCAGACAACACACACAUCUUGAAUGCCAGCCGAAAUCGUAACAACUUCAACAACAUGCACAACAUCAUGGAAACAGUUCUGACAACAGACGUCUUCUUGAACAAUGGCGCAGGUAACGCUGCCUCAAACUACCAUCUCAACUUGCAUAACUCCCACUACAACAUCCAACCUCAAACUAUUAGUCAACAGCAAAUUGUGCAAGUGACCAACAAUGGCGGAGGCAUACCGAACAACCCACUUCAGCAGCAGCUUCAACAGCAGCCGCACCUUCAACAACAGCAACAGGCACAGCAACAGGCAGGUAUGAUGAAUUCGCCACGAGCUGCCACACCCAUGCAGGAUGAAGAGGACCUGAUGUAUAUUGAUGAUCCAGCCCGUCACUUGUAUGUGAUGGAGAAUGAUGAGCACAAGCCGUUCAAGUGUCCUGUUAUUGGCUGCGAGAAGACGUACAAGAAUCAGAACGGAUUGAAGUACCAUCGUUUGCACGGCCAUCAAGGCCAGACGUUGAAGGAGAAUCCCGACGGGACCAUAUCCAUCAUUGAUCCUGAAUCAAACACUCCUUAUUUGGACGGUGCAGGCAUGGAGAAGGACAAACCAUACCGCUGUGAAGUAUGUGGUAAGAGAUAUAAGAACCUUAAUGGGUUGAAGUACCACCGUGGACACACCACUCAUUGAUUUUGAAUGAGAUUGUAACAAUAUAAAGCUAUGAGUUUAUUGAUUCUAUGGAGAUCAUAGAUUCAUGAGUUCAUGGGUUAAUGAAUAAAAUUAUAAAGUUGCAGAUUUACGAGUUUAGUAUGAGACUAUGAAUUUUGAAUGAAUUUAUAGAUUUAUAUGAAGAUACUAAAAUUGUGAUUUGUUGGUUUUCAUGAGAUCACAAGAAAUAACGACUUUAUGAAUCCAAAGUGCUCUCAUGGAAGUGUCAUAGAUCUCAUUUGUCUAAUAGAUCUUAUAGAAAAGGGACCGCAGGCAAUUGCUGCGAAAACUCGGGAUGGUUAUUAUGGUUUUGGUUCCACUAGUAUAUUAUUAUUAUCAUCAUUAUCAUUAUUAUUAUUGCUAGCAAUGCUAGUGUAUGUACAUUGUUUAGUUUACAUGCGGUUCUGUAGACCGUCUUCACUACAAAUUGUUUAAUUUU